CUUCCCCUCCACCCUUCACCCCUCCUGCCCCGGGUGCCGAGAUCGUUUCGCAACCGUGCGCUCGGUGCCACCCCUCAUUUUCCCUGUUUCCUCCCCCCCACCACCCCACCCCACAUUUGGGGAGAGGGUCUGGAAAAGGAAGCUUUGGCUAAGCCGACUGGAAGAGGAUCGGCGGAGCGUGGGGACGCCGAGGAGGAACCCCACGCCACCCCCCCCUUUCUGGUCAGCUCUCCUUUCCCGCCCCGCCCCGCCCCUACACGCACUCCUUCGCCGCGGACCAGCUACUUUCUCGGACGGACGAGGAAAGUGAGGGCGGCCCUGGUGACAGCGCCGCCGGGCCAGUCCCGGGGAAGCCGUGCGCCGGAUAGCCUCGCGCCCUUCGCGCUCCCGGCCAGGGCACAGCCCGAACCCGAGCCAGGAUGGCUUCCACCACCACCUGCACCAGGUUCACCGACGAGUAUCAGCUCUUCGAGGAGCUCGGAAAGGGGGCUUUCUCGGUGGUACGAAGAUGUAUGAAAAUUCCUACUGGACAGGAGUAUGCAGCCAAAAUUAUCAACACCAAAAAGCUUUCUGCUAGGGAUCAUCAGAAACUGGAAAGGGAAGCCAGAAUCUGCCGUCUCUUGAAGCACCCCAAUAUUGUGAGACUCCAUGACAGCAUAUCGGAAGAAGGCUUCCAUUACUUGGUGUUCGAUUUAGUUACUGGAGGGGAGCUGUUUGAAGACAUCGUGGCGAGAGAAUAUUACAGUGAAGCUGAUGCCAGUCAUUGUAUACAGCAGAUUCUAGAAAGUGUAAAUCAUUGUCACCUAAAUGGCAUAGUUCACAGGGACCUGAAGCCUGAGAAUUUGCUUUUAGCUAGCAAAUCCAAGGGAGCAGCUGUGAAACUGGCAGACUUUGGCUUAGCCAUAGAGGUGCAAGGAGACCAGCAAGCAUGGUUUGGUUUCGCCGGCACACCUGGAUACCUGUCCCCAGAAGUUUUACGCAAAGACCCUUAUGGAAAGCCAGUGGAUAUGUGGGCAUGUGGUGUCAUUCUCUACAUUCUGCUGGUGGGGUAUCCACCCUUCUGGGAUGAAGACCAACACAGACUCUAUCAGCAGAUCAAGGCUGGAGCUUAUGAUUUUCCAUCACCAGAAUGGGACACGGUGACUCCUGAAGCUAAAGACCUCAUUAACAAAAUGCUUACCAUCAACCCUGCCAAACGGAUCACAGCUUCUGAAGCACUGAAACAUCCAUGGAUCUGUCAACGUUCUACUGUUGCUUCCAUGAUGCACAGACAGGAGACUGUAGACUGCCUGAAGAAAUUUAAUGCAAGACGAAAACUAAAGGGUGCCAUCUUGACAACUAUGCUGGCUACAAGGAAUUUUUCAGCAGCCAAGAGUUUGUUGAAAAAACCAGAUGGAGUGAAGGAGUCAACUGAGAGUUCAAACACAACCAUUGAGGAUGAAGAUGUGAAAGCACGAAAGCAGGAGAUUAUCAAAGUGACCGAACAACUGAUUGAAGCUAUCAACAAUGGGGACUUUGAAGCUUACACAAAAAUCUGUGACCCAGGCCUCACUGCCUUUGAACCUGAAGCUUUGGGGAACUUAGUGGAAGGGAUGGAUUUUCACCGAUUCUACUUUGAAAAUGCUUUGUCCAAAAGCAACAAACCAAUCCACACGAUCAUCCUGAACCCCCACGUCCACCUAGUGGGGGACGAUGCGGCCUGCAUCGCGUACAUCAGGCUCACGCAGUACAUGGAUGGCAGCGGGAUGCCAAAGACAAUGCAGUCCGAAGAGACCCGCGUGUGGCACCGCAGGGACGGGAAGUGGCAGAAUGUCCAUUUUCAUCGUUCUGGGUCACCAACAGUCCCCAUCAAGCCACAGUGUAUUCCAAAUGGGAGAGAAAACUUCUCAGGAGGCACCCCUUUGUGGCAAAACAUCUAAGGCCUGAAAACCAUUCACAUUGGGUCUUCUAAUGAUCAACAGUGCCACUUCCGCAUUCUCUGUUCUCAAGGCACCUGGAGAGUAACCUUGGACCGUCCUCUCCUCCUCUUCAUGCAUGGUUCUGAGUGCAUGAAGUUGUGAAGGUCCUCGUGGCUAUGUGAUCAUCACCCUCUCAUCUAUUCCUUCCUAUACAUUGUUUACACUUCAACUACCAGGCUGGGAUGCCCAAGGCAACUUCAGUUACUGUUGGCAAACAAUGGGGGGAGGUCAGACACACCAACAAAGAAGUCCACAAUAUUCCAAGUGCAACCUUUUCAUCAACUUAUUUUGUGUAUGCCAAGAUUGAACAGACUUAACAUUUUUGUUGUUUUCUGAAUGACAGCAAGUAUGAGAAAUGCAAAAAAAGAAAA